GUUCGUUGUGUUAUCACCAGCACUGUGUAUAAGUGUUAGAUUUUUUUCUGUCGCUCGCUAGCUUAGUGGCAUUGAGCUUCGUACAUCGUACAUCGAGUGGUUUGUUACCUUGAAGUGUAGUAGUCCACAGCAUAUAGUAUAAUCAAAGCAGACUUUAUCUCCACGUACCAUUAUCAGACGAUCAGAGGGGGCCAACUCAGGAAUCGGGCCCCACUCCCGGCGUCCUCGGACGCAUUGACUGCGUCAAGUCUAUUCUCAGCCAACCUGAAGAGGAUGGACAUCCUUGGAGAGGGUGUGUAUCCUUCUUCCCAGGUGCAGACCCAGCCGACGAUUGGCCUGAAUCUUGUCUGCACCGAUCGAAGGCCCCCCGGUCCGCCACCGGCAGAGGUCAUUACGGGGUGUUCCGCUAACAGAUGUCGAGGCCGCAGUGCUGUCCCCCAACAGAGAGCUGAAACUUGUGCCCUCAGCCCUCAGCGAGAGAGUCUCAACCGAACGCCGACGCAGCAGCCAUGUCUAGUUUGCGCCCCUCGCCAGAACUCGGAGCAGCCUGGAGGCGUUGGUCCCUCGCCAAGAGACGCGGCUGCCCUGUGGGAUCCGCCCUCCCCUCGACGGCCCGCCCACCGCACGCGCCCCGAGGCGGCAUCUGAGUUGCGGGAUGCCAGUCGCCAGCUGCUCCUUGGUAAACGUCGUGGACUGCGCCCGCCUCGUCACGCGGACGCCCAUGGUGAGCGACAUGCGCAGCUGCCGCUUCGAGGCGCCGUGCCGCUCGGGCGAGGACAGCUGCGCCGACUCGCGCCUUGGGUCGGACUCGGAGCACUCGUCGGAUGCCUGGGCACCCCGAGCCACGGAGCAGCACGUGCUCGCGCCGUGCGCCUCCCUCGGGGGCGUGCGCCGCUGCCUGGCCUGGGCCUGCCGCGCCUGCAAGAGGCGCACGCUUGCCGUGGACAGGCGCCGGGCCGCCACGCUCAGGGAGCGCCGACGACUGCACAGGGUCAACGAGGCCUUCGAGGUGCUCAAGAGGCGCAGCUGCGCCAACCCGGCCCAGAGGCUGCCGAAGGUGGAGAUCCUCCGGAGUGCCAUCGAGUACAUCGAGGGGCUGGAAGACCUGCUGCAGGGCAGCGGGGCACGUGAACGCGCGCACCUGCUCGAUGCCACGCUCGCCUCGUCGGCUGCACAGGCCAGGCAGGUUCGCGGGGGUAUGCAGAAAAUAUGCGGGCCUUUGAUUCAACGCGUUCAGCACUUCCAUGGUGUCACCAGCUUCGGCGGCCUGUGCCAAGUGCACUGUAGGGGACGAGGAAGAAGGGAGGCACACGGCGAGGCGCGAGGGACAAAAAAGAGAAAAAAAGGGGGGAACGUGACGGCCCCGGUGGCAGAACCCGGCAGAGCUCGAGGGCCGACGAUUCUUCAUCGCGGAGUUGCGGACCUUCAUCCCGGAGCCGGACCUGUAUCUUGGCGGCAGACCGGCAACACAGCGGCGGUCGCCACAACCGGGGAGGCCAAGCCAGCGGCAGACCACCAAGAGAGCCCUAUGUUGCGCUUUUUGGAUUCUCACGGCCACUAAAGAGAAGGAAGUGACGUCAACAA